AAUUGCGUCAAUUUGCGUCACAUCACGUCCAUUUUACGACUUACUCCGUUCCUGUCUACGUUUGUCUAUUUGAUCCACACAAUUUUACAAUAAUUUAAAUAGAUUCCGAAGAGCAUCGUUUACAUUUACAUUUUAACAUUCAUUCAGUUGUGUUCCUUAAACGUUACCUACUGGUUCUUAAAUUUCCAUGACCUUUAAACUUUUGCAUGUUUAUGAGACUACUUGGCUGGCACAAACCGUUUGUUGGGGGGAUAGAUUUUAACUAGUAUUUUUCUGAUUUAAUCGAAUAAUUACCACAUUUUCUGUCAUAAAUAUUGUCUAACAUAAAUUGCACUAUCUGAUUAAAAGCCUUAACUUCGGUACUGCGAAAUGGAGAUUGAAAUCUUGAAUGUAGCUGGUUCCAAAUCAGUUUGUAAAAUCCAAGUUAGUGAUGAUGCCACUAUCAAGAGUGUUAAAGACAAGAUAUUUAGUGCAAAAAAAUCAUUACCACCUAAUAGACAAGCCAUAAAGUUAGAGGCCAAGGGAAAAAUUUUAAAAGAUGAGGAUACUCUUAGAUCAUUGAAUAUUCAGAGUGGUGCCAAGUUGUAUGUCAAGGAUCUGGGACCUCAAAUAUCUUGGACUGCUGUGUUCCUAGCAGAGUAUGCUGGACCACUAUUUGUGUAUUUAUGGGUGUAUCAACGACCAUGGAUUUUAUAUGGAGAACAGACUUCAGCUCCUGGAUAUGUUGCCAAUGUGGCAGCUAUUUGUUGGUCUGUGCACUACAUCAAACGUAUAUUGGAAACAUUAUUUGUUCAUCGCUUCUCUCACAGCACAAUGCCUCUCCGUAAUCUCGCCAAGAACUGCAGUUAUUAUUGGCUCUUUGCUUUGUAUGUGGCCUUCCAUAUAAAUCAUCCUCUGUACACAGCUCCAAGUAGUCUUUACUUCUAUGUUGGACUUUCUGGUUUCAUAGUGUGUGAAUUAGGCAAUCUCAGCAUUCAUCUUCUACUGAAGAACCUGCGGCCACCAGGCACCAAGAUUCGCCGCAUCCCGGUGCCGGAUGGCAACCCACUAUCUCAGCUGUUCAACUUCGUCUCAUGUCCUAACUACACUUAUGAAGUGGGCUCAUGGAUAUUUUUCACAAUUAUGACAAAGUGUUUGCCAGCUGGACUAUUCGCAUUUGCUGGGUUCUAUCAAAUGGCUGUUUGGGCGCUAGGUAAACAUCGCAACUAUAAAAAGGAAUUCCCCGAGUACCCCAAGGGCCGCAAAGCUAUCAUACCAUUUGUUCUAUAAAUUUAGAAUCUAAAUUUGCGCUUCGUUAUAUGAUAAGAAUUUGCCUUUCGCAUUUUUUAGAUGUCAAGCAGUUGAUAUGUUCUGAAUAGAAUAAUUUUCGGAAUUGGAUACAAGGUAUCACUUAUUGACGUCACAUAACUUAAAUCUAAUUAUAACUACUACCGCUUCCAAAGCGCAUGUGUAGAAGAAGCGGCGGAACAAACUACACUGCAGCUGUUCUGCUUUACAAUACCAAAAUAAUAAGUCUUGGAAGAUAUGCAGUGCAAAGUCAGUUUUGGACCAAUCUUGUAAGGUCGCAUACUCUCUAUGAAGAAUGUUCUGUUCUUAUGGUAAUUAGAUUAUUUUUGGGUCAGACUUGUAUAUUAGAGUAGGUAGGGAAGGUAUUGGAUAGUCUUCAAAAAGGUGUCGGUUUGUAUUUAUUUGUAUGUGGUAUGAGUGGAAGUUAAGAAUUUAUUUGUUAUUGCAAUAUAGACUUGUUAUAAUUUAUUUUUAGCACAGCAAUAUGUAUAAAAUACAGUGAAAUAUAAUUUUAUAUUAUGCUACAAAAAUAAAUAUUAUUUGUUGUUAGCCUUGCAUUUAAUAAAUACUUUUGCAAAAUA